AUGGGAAAGAACCAAACUCUCGGCGCGCGCGCCUGUGUGAAUAUGUCAGAGACCUCCUCCACAUCCCAAGGCGAAUCAAGCACCCUCCAAGGAUCAGCCGCCCAGCCGUUAAAUAGAUCCUGCGAGUCUUGCCGAAGUCUCAAGGUCCGCUGCCUCCCCAGCCCAACCACGUCUAACCAAUGCCAGCGAUGCGCCAAGGGCAAGCGAUCCUGCGUCUUCGUGGCGCCGCAGAGACGGCGGCCCCGGAAGCGGACGGAUUCGCGCGUUGCACAGCUCGAGAAGGAGAUGCGGAUGAUGCGUUCGCUCUUGAAAAAUCGUAUCCCCGAGGAAGAGGAACCGGAUUCCAGUGACGACAGCGACGGGGACGAUGUUCAGGAUGAAUCGGCCGAUACGGACGCUAAGAGCACUCUCGCAUUGCGGGACAAUUCGACUCACUCGUCCGAGGAUGUCCGUUAUAUGGAUUGUUCCCCUGAAUUGCUGAAUACCCCGCACUCCGGCGUGCAUGGUAGUGGUGGCUUUUCAGCGCCGCCGAUUUUCACGGAUAUGCCGGCUCGCCAUGAAUCGCUGCGGGAGAGGCUUCCUCCGGCGGACGACGUGAUCGAUCGGGGAAUUCUCUCCCUCGAAGAUGCGGAGCAAUUGGUGGCGUAUUUCAUUCACGAACUUGCAUUUUUCUUUCCAUUGGUCGUCUUGCCUUCGAACACCACGGCAGCUCAACUGCGACAAACAAAGCCAGUCCUCUUUCUCUCCGUGAUUGCUGCGACAUCCAUAUCCGUCGACGCAGGAUUGGCAACCGUGUUGAACCGUGAGAUGGUUCGCCUCUAUUCUGAGAGGUUCUUCAUCGAAGGCGAAAAAUCACUGGAGCUAGUGCAAGCGCUGCUGCUGAUGAUCAUAUAUUAUUUCCCGCCCGCCUCGCCUUUGAAGCUGCAGAUUUAUCAGUACACGCACAUCGCCUCGACGAUGGCGUUAGAAAUUGGGUUAGCUAAUAAACGUCGUGUCUCGAAAAAGUCCGAUCGCAAAGGCAGCAGGCAUGACGAGCUGCUUGCUGAGCAGGCGAGGACAGUUCUCGGCUGCUACCAUCUCGGUUCGAGCGUUGCGAUGAAAACCCGUCGCCCAAAUAUGCUCCAGUUCAACGACUGGAUGACAGAGUCUCUCAAACACCUAGAAAACUCGCCGCAUCGAACGGAUCAACAUGUAGCGACAUGGUUCGAGCUCCAACGAAUAACCGACGAAGCAAUGUCCUCAUUCGGUCUAGACGACACCAGUACCACAUCACCCCUAACCGAGUCGCGGGUCCAAGCCGUGCUACGCUGGUUCGACAAGCGGCUCGAGACGUGGAAGAGGAACAUUCCACCAGAUAUGCUGACCGGUAAGAAACCCCAGUCCUCUCGCUGUGUCAUGAUUCAUCCAAAAUCAAUGCUAACGAAUUCCAUCAAACCAGUCCCCAUGAUCCUCGAAUACCGCUACACAGCACUGGCAAUGUACGAACUGGGCGUAGGAGAAGGCUACCGCGACCCAGACGCAAUAAAACGACGAUAUUUCACGCUGCCGACCCUCGAUGGAGAAAACAACAGCGGCAGCGAAGCACCGGACGCCCCACUCAGCGCAAUCCGCAUCGACAUCAAGGUGAAAUGGAUGAACGCCGCACAUGAGUUGCUGGACGCCGUGCUGGUCUGCAGCACGGACACUCUGCGUAAACUCCCAAAUCUCACGUACACUCGGUUCGCGAUGGCCGUGACAUCCCUGCUGAAAAUACACUUCUCCGUGCGAACCGGUGCUCUCGGGGAAGUCGUCACGGCGCAGGCCGUGAAUGUGGCUUUCUAUCUCGAUGCCUUAGCCAGAAAGCUAAGCGAGGCCAGUGCCGGGGGCAAAUACCUUAUCCCCAGUCGGUGGUAUCAUGUCGUGGGCGUUAAGGGCCAGGAUUGGUAUGACCGGCUGGAGAGGCGCCAAAAUGGAGGGAUAGUAGCUGGUUCUCAAGUCGUAUCGGAAAGCCCGCCGAUCGGCACCACAAAAUCGAUCACAGCAUCACACCCUACCCAAAACCAAAACCAAGUGCAAGUGCAAGACACACAUUUGGAUCAGGUCCCAGCAACGAUGGACUCCUUCCCCGGCGUCCCCAUGCCCCCAAUGCCGCCGGCGAUAGACGGGUACGUAGCGAUGGGCGGUGCGGGCAUGUGGGCCAUGGACGGCGGGAAUAACCCGAAUUUCUACGCCAUGAGCGCGGCGGGCUAUCAGCCCUCGGUGACGCAUGCGCAGGCGAUUUUGCCACCUCAGUUUGCCUACGAGCCGCAGAGGAUGCCGGUUAGUGCUGCUGGGCAGCAUAUGGCUAGGGCGGGCAUGGAGUUGGAUGGGUGGCUUCCUGAUGGGAGUAUCUUUGGGAUGCAGCCUUUGCCUGAAUUUUGA